GGCCAAGCUGGUCUCGAACUCCUGACCUCAAGUGAUCCACCUGCCUGAGGGGUUUUGCUCGUUUUCCGGGGCAGUGUUUUGGGGUUUGCCUUUCCUCUGUGAGGUGCCAGGUUUUCCAGCAGGGUGUUCUUCCGGCAGGGGCAGGGGUGAUCACUAUGGCAACGGCUAACACUGCCAGCGUGGAAUGAGUGCUGCCUGCCAGCACUGCUGGGCGCUUCCUGCUGCCCCUGUUACCCCUGCCACCACCUGUGAGAACGCAGCACCACCACAAUUGUGCAGACAAGGGACUGAGUCUCAGGGGGCAACAGCUCUUGGGGGCGGGCUUGGGCUACAGGUGGAGCUGCCCUGCAGGCCUCCUGUGAAGCAGCGGGCUUCAUGGCUCUUCCCCAUCCUCCUCCUCACCAACACCUGGGCCUGGGGCAGCUGCUGCACUGUGCACGCCAAGUUCUCUCAAGACCUGGGCCUCAGAGGACUGCCCCAGACCCAGGGUGACCCCGGCCGGCGUCUGGGAACCAUGUUGUCAGGAGGUAGGACUUGCGGGUCGUCAUAACUGAUUUUGAGGCAGCCGGGACCCUGCGACUUGCCAGCUCUGCCCGUACUGCGCCUCCUGCUGGGGGCAUGCUGUCCUGCACCUCAGACAGGACAGGCCUGAGGGCAGCCUAGUCCUUCCCAAGCUCCCUCAUGCCCCUGAACUCCGACCAGCCACCCUCUGGGCAUCAGUUCACACCUGCCCUGGUCUCGAGUGGGAUGCCGCCCCAGAGCCACCACCUUCUGUUGAUUUGCUGGGACCAGGUCCUCCCUCCCUCUCCUCCCCACUCCCCAAGUGGGAGUCUUUUCCCAGCGCUGGCUGUGGGCUUCUCACAAAGGCCCAGUCCUGAGCCCUCAAGUUUUUCUCCCUUGUUUCAAACAUUUGUUCUGUCAUUUAUUGGGCAUCUUACGAGGCACUGGGCUGGGAGCUGAGGGUACAAGGAGAACAAAAUAGAGACAGUCUUCUCUUUUAUACACUUUCAAAAAAAUUAGAAAGGGCCCUAAUUUAGGAUGCAGUAUGCCGGCUGGGGGAGGUUCAGCAUACGGAAGUCAAUGGGAGGGAUGUGGGCCUCAGCUGGGGUCCGGGAUGGCUUCCUGGAGGAGGGGGCACCUGAGUGAGUCCUGUGAUGAGCAGGCCAGGCCAGUGGCCCUCAGAUGCAGGAACUGCAGGGCAUCACUGAGCUGUUCAGGCCCUUCCCAAGCUCCCCAAGUGGGAGUGCCACUUGUCAUCCAGGUUUUGGGAGCAUUCCCAGCAAGACAGGCUGUGCACGGGGCCUUGGGAGAGGCCAGCAAGGUAGCUACCAGACAGGGUUCUCUUGGCAUCCGAAGCCACACUCCUCUUUCCUUCAGAACUGCCUGAUUUUCCCUGUCGCUUUCCCGCUCUCCUGGGCUGGCCCCUCUGCACCAGGCCUCUAGGGCUGCCUCCCGCCUUUGCUCUGUGCCUGAGACCAUCCCCAAAGCCCAUCUGUUUUCCCCUCACUGCGCUGCUCCUGCCCUUCCUCUGUCCCUCCCAGCUGAGCCAAGCAAAGCAGUGCCCAAGAACUCCCAGGGCCAGCUGUGAAUGAGGGCAGCAGGCCACUGGGUUCUGGAGGUUUCUGGAGCCACUCUUGGACCCAUCUGUGUGUGGCAAGGUUCCUUCUGUUUAACUCCUUGCCGUAGGGACAAACCCACCUCCUCCUGAGAGGGUGCUGGACUAUGAGAGGCAGAAUCUGUUUCUGGUUUAAAUUAUGCAAAUUGUGCUGUUUUGUAAGUUGGAUUGGCAUGGCCUUUCUUACAUUUUCAGAAAACAGUUAAGUUAGUAGGUAGAUUUUUAAAUGUUAAGAUUGUACAGCGGCCAAAUGCCAGAACUUCUAGGCAAAUGAGUUCAUGUCCGUGUCCACCCUUAGCACUUGCUCUAAGUGCUUGCCUGGCAGGCCUCUCGCAGGGUAUUGUGGACACAGGUGACUCUUGUGUUGGGCACACGUGUUUGUGGCUUGCACAGUGAGCUAAAAUUAGCAGCGUUUCAGGAAGGAAACCACAUCAGGGAGCUGAGACGUGGGUGGAAAGGACGUGAAGGGAGGGAUCUGGGUCCCUGCAGGUACUUUUGCCUCUUGUUCUAUUUGAAGAUUGCAGCUGGGAAGGUGCGAAGUUGCUGGUCCCUGAAAAGCUGCUGCUUACCCCGGUCUGGAGCCCCUGUGAGCUGGCGUAGAGCAGGGAGGGGUUGCAUCACACCCGAGUCCUUCCAUGGGGCGUGCGUAGUAUGAGUGCCACCCCACUGAGGGCUGUUGUGGGGGCCAGGGGACACAUCGGCCAGGGUGUCGCCCACCGGGCGUUUGGAGAAAGCAGGAAAAGGUGUGGGUGUCCAGCAGGCUGGUGCGGAGAACAAAUAUGAGAAAUUGGGGAGACUGCUUGUCAGGCUGGGUUGGCUUCCUGGGUGGUCGGGAGAAGGAUGUGCAGACUGUGGAACUGGCGGGUGUCAGGGACCAGAAGCUGCGAAGGUGGCGGGGAAGACGAGCAGCUGCAGGAAGAAGGGCUGGCUGCCAAGACCAUGGGAUCGACUACAAGACCACCACCAUCCUGCUGGACGGCCGGCGCGUGAAGCUGGAGCUCUGGGACACGUCGGGCCAGGGCCGCUUCUGCACCAUCUUCAGGUCCUACUCCAGGGGCGCUCAGGGGAUCCUCCUGGUGUAUGACAUCACGAACCGCUGGUCCUUUGACGGCAUCGACCGCUGGAUCAAGGAGAUCGACGAGCAUGCGCCCGGAGUGCCCCGGAUCUUGGUUGGAAACCGGCUGCACCUGGCCUUCAAGCGCCAAGUCCCGACGGAGCAGGCCCGCGCCUACGCGGAGAAGAACUGCAUGACCUUCUUCGAGGUCAGCCCUCUGUGCAACUUCAACGUCAUUGAGUCCUUCACGGAGCUGUCCCGCAUUGUGCUCAUGCGGCACGGCAUGGAGAAGAUCUGGAGGCCCAACCGAGUGUUCAGCCUGCAGGACCUCUGCUGCCGGGCCAUCGUCUCCUGCACCCCUGUGCACCUCAUCGACAAGCUUCCACUGCCUGUCACCAUCAAGAGCCACCUAAAGUCCUUCUCGAUGGCCAACGGCAUGAACGCGGUCAUGAUGCACGGCCGCUCCUACUCCCUGGCCAGUGGGGCUGGGGGCAGCGGCAGCAAGGGGAACAGCCUCAAGAGGUCCAAGUCCAUCCGCCCGCCCCAGAGCCCCCCGCAGAACUGCUCACGGAGCAACUGCAAGAUCUCCUAGCAGAGAUGGGUGGGCCACCUGUGCAGAUGCCGGGAGGGCUCAAGGUGGACACUCCCGCAGCGACGCCGGGCCAGUGCUGCCUGUGUGAAGACUGGCCACAGAGCUGCCUCAGAAGCACUAGGCUUUCCCCGCACCUGAGCCGGGUGUGGGGAGGAGCACGCACGGAGCACGUGUGGCAGGUGGGAGGAGGGGACGCGGCUGGGCUGCUGGUGCUUCUGGGAAUCUUGGUCUGAAACAAGCUGGGCCUCUCCGACUGCCUGAGCUCGGCCGGUGGAGAGCCUGACUUGCCUUUCUUAUUUAUAUACAGAACACUCCACCCUUUUUGUACAUUUUCAAGGGGCCUUCAGGGAAGCCUGCGUGUGUCCCUGUGGUGCACUGGUGACUUCAUGGCCACACCAGCCAUGGGGACACACUUGGGACGCCUCAGGAGGGGAUUUGUGACAGCGAUGGGAAGGAGUCGCCCUGUGAAUCCACGCACUGCGAAUGGCAGGGCUGCUCAGAGGCUGGCAGAGCAGACGGGGUCGGUGCUCCCUCUGGAAGCUUGGGUGACCUCGGCCCUGGCUCCCAUGGGCCACUCCGACCUCAGUGGUCACCGUGCUGGCAGUGGAUGGAGGGUGUGGCCCUGUGGUCAGAGCCCAAGCAACACUCAGGAGAGGGGAGAAGUGAGGUGCGCCUGGGAGCACAUACUGUUUUUGCUCCCCAAAUCCCUUCUUCCUACAUGGGGCUGAGAACCUUUGAUGUGACACCUUUGGGGACGUUUACCACUCAAAACUCAGAUCAGUAUCUCUCCCACCCUGGAGAGUGCAGAGCUAUCUGUGGACUUACAAAUACUUGACCGGCUGCAGCCCACCUGCCUCUGGUGGCAUCUGGACCCCUGCACCUGAGGGUAGUCUCCUGUUCUUGGCAGCUUCUGUCGCUGGCUCUGGUGUCCCCACAGCUGCUGCUCUCCUGUGAGGUCACCCGGUGUCGGGACCAUCCUGACCUGCUUCUUAGGGACGCGCCUGGAACUGCCUUGGCCAUGUCCGUGUGGGGGCCUCAGGCCAGGCCCCUCCUCAAAGCCCCCACCAGCCCGGCGCUGCUGCCGAGCCCCAGGCAUGCAGGGCCGGCCACUGCUCUUCUGAAGCCAUUGGCUGCUCCUCCGCCCAGUGCUUCUGCCACACCUGCCCCCAGUGGCCCCUCUGCAGGGUUGCAGUCGCCUGGGACUGCCCUCCCCACCCCUGCACACACCCGCAGCACCGGUGCUCACCUCUACCUCCUGCCCUCAGGCCGCACGGCAUGGCAUGGCUAACACGCAGAAGGAGCCCUCCGGGGGCCCAGGGCCCCCUCAGCUGGGACUCCACGGCGCAUGCUUCCCAAGAUGGCCCCACGGAGGGUGCACCGGGCACCAGUGGACUUGAAGCUGCAUGGCCCAUUCCUGGGAGAUGCAGGCCAGGGCCUGUGUGAGCUGCCAGAUGAGUAAGGGAAGCCUGGCCUCCUGAUCCAGUGUCCCUGUCCUCCCCGUCCCCCCGUCCUGUUCUGCCAGCAGGACCUGUGUUUGGGAUUAUGAACAAGACCUAGACGGGCCGCCAUUCACGGUAUCAACACUACCCUCACUGCUGUUAGACACUCGCACCGUUCCUGUUCUUUCCGAACCGUUCGUUCUUUGUACAGUAAAUGUCAGAUUCAGCUGUGGUC